AUGGAGUCCACAACGUCAGAGCCCUUGGUCCAGGGCAGACAUUCAUCAAAUCAUUUGGGGACCGUGGAUAUCCCAUCCUUGAUGUUUCCUGGAUUGCAUCCAAUGCAUACGGAUGCAUCUAUCGAUCUAAAUCUCCAUCCCUCCGGGAUUAUUCCCGUCAUUCAGAAUAUUGUUGCUACCGUUAAUUUAGAGUGCCGUUUAGACUUGAAGACUAUUGCCCUGCAUGCUAGGAAUGCCGAGUAUAAUCCGAAGCGUUUUGCGGCAGUUAUUAUGCGAAUUAGAGAACCAAAAACAACAGCCCUCAUUUUCGCGUCGGGUAAAAUGGUUAUAACAGGUGCCAAGAGCGAAGACUUUUCGCGUCUGGCUGCGCGGAAGUAUGCCCGCAUCAUUCAGAAGCUUGGCUUUCCUGCCAAGUUUACCGACUUCAAAAUCCAGAACAUCGUUGGCUCAUGCGACAUCAAGUUCCCCAUUCGCUUGGAGGGGCUCGCUUUUUCUCAUGGUCAUUAUUCAAGUUAUGAACCAGAACUGUUUCCCGGUCUUAUCUACCGAAUGGUCAAGCCAAAGAUUGUGCUUCUUAUAUUUGUCUCUGGAAAAAUAGUGCUUACCGGUGCAAAGCUGCGUGAGGAAAUCUAUCAAGCUUUUGAGAACAUUUAUCCUGUCUUGACAGAGUUCCGAAAACCAUAG